UUAAAUUAAUCUCAGUAAUAUACAGAAAUGGUGUUGACAGCUGGCAAAGAUAUCCACAGGGGUGCCCUGGAGCUAGUGAAAAACAUAAACUACGGCAAGCUCAUGGGAACGCACAAAAUCGUCGAGGCGACGAUCAGUGUCCUGAAGCAAAUCGUCAGUAGUUCCGAUUGGAGCACAGCAAAAAAACUCAUGGAUUUGAUAACGUUGAAUGGAAAGUACAUGAUAGCUGCUGUUCCCCUGGAGGCCUCCAUUGGAAAUAUGGUUCGCAGGAUUCUUCAGAUAAUCAGGGAAGAGUACACCCUCGAGCUCAAGAAUAAACCGGAGGAAGCCGACCCCCAGGAAUCUCUCCACAAAAUUCUCACGUCCCAAGGAACUCAAGACAUUGAUUUCAAUAUUUCUAUGCCUGAUUUGAAGUCGACGAUCAUCGAACACAUUAAUGAGUUCGAAGUGGAGCUGGAAACAUGUUCAGAGAACAUAACUCAACAAGCGUCGGAGCACAUCCAUUCGAAUGAAAUAAUAAUGACCAUAGGAUACUCGAGGAUGGUCGAGCGGUUUUUCAAGAAAGCUGCUGAGACUAGGGCCUUCGAAGUUAUCAUAGCUGAAGGAGACCCUUCGCUUAGUGGCCAAGAACUAGCAGCAAAGCUUCCGAAAAAGAUAAAAACCACUUUGAUAUCUGAUCGAGGAAUUUUUGCGAUGAUGUCGAGAGUGAACAAAGUGAUAAUUGGGACUCAUACAGUAAUGGCUAAUGGGGGAUUAAAAGCAACAACAGGGUGUGACACAGUCGCUCACGCAGCGAAACAUUACUCUGUUCCGGUGAUGGUCCUGCUGCCACUUUACAAACUGUCUCCUCUUUAUUUAUGUUCUUUUGAGCAAGAAGCAUUCAAUAAGCAUCAAGCACCGAUCCAAGGUGUCAUUGAUGGAGCCAACGAACCUCUGAUGGAGAGGAUCCAGGCGUACAAUCCAGUGUUCGAUUAUGUGCCCCCUGAAUUGGUCACUCUAUUCAUCACAAAUACAGGUGGAAAUGCACCUUCCUACGUCUAUCGACUGCUCAGCGAGCUGUACCACCCUGACGAUUACGAAUUAUAAUACACAAAUGAAACUGUAAUGACUUGACCGAUUUAUAGAAUAAAAAAAUGUUUUAUUUA